UAAGCCAUAGACAAAAUGACAAAAUAACUUAACCCCACUUAAUUUCACAACAACCUCUGUUUGAAAAUCUCCACUUAAAUUAAAAUGUUGUCUAUAUCAUUUUGAAAUAAAUACAAUAUGUUCGAUAAAAAUCUUUCAAAAUUCAUCAGUUCCACCUUGAGACUGUUCCCGAAGAGACUCGCAUCGUCAUCUGCAAUCGAACAGAAUAGUAAUCAUCCAAAGGAAUAUGUUCCGAAUACUCAUGAGAUUUCAAAAAUUACUCCCCAGCAGUACCUUAAUUCAGACCGGAUUCUGUCUAGCUUGAAACAACUAAUACCUGCUGAAUAUGUUACGAGAAAGAAAUCAUUAGAUUAUUUGUAUUUAAUUGAUUCUUCCAUUGCGAGACAGAUAGCUGAACAGAUUCUGCCAUAUCUAGUGAAAAAUAAAAACAAAGUUAUUGCCGAAUGCUUGCCAGGAUUAGGACUUCUAACCAGACAGCUUUUGGAAUAUAAAAUGGGACCCUUGAAGUUAUUUGAACCCUCAAAAUUCUUCAGGGAACAAUUAAAGAAAUUGGCUACACAAGAAUCGAAAAUGAUACAAUUGUACUCCAAAACUUUCUUCAAAAUAUCCCAGUAUGAUUACUCAGACAGGCUGGAUAAUGGUAAUAGAGUGCAAAAACUCCUCAAAAAUGUUCCAAAAAAAGGCUGGACUGAUGAUCCUGCCAUAUCAGUGAUAGGCCCCAUUCUCGAUAAUAAAUUUCUCCAACAUGUGAUUUAUGCUAUAUCUACUCAAAAAUCAUUAGUUUCAUAUGGUAGAGUUGAGAUAUUUGCAAUAAUGAGACCAAGUCAUUAUCUAGUUUUAUCUACAGAGAAAGAUUUUUAUAAGUCGAAAUAUGGUUACAUGACAGUUCUCUUCAAUCUUUUUUUUGAUUAUAAACUAUUAUGUAAAUUACCAAGACACUCUUUUCUACCAUGGGAAAGAUCUACUGUUAAAAAAUCCUCCUCAAAGCUUCUCAGUACAGAUAUCAACAUGUUAUAUCUUGUUCAUAUAGUAGCAAAAAAACAAUUUCCCCUGCCUUCAGACCAAUUAGUAGCCUUCAAUAUUUUCAUGAGGAAAUUUUUUAAAAGGAAAGCUAGAAUCAUACCAAUUCUUGAGUAUUGUGUGCCGGACUGUGGCGUUCACAUUAUGAUGCCCCAAUUAGAGCAUGAUCAUUAUUUUGAACAUAUCGGCAUUUUCACCAACUUUGAAGAAUUAACACCAAUUCAAAUUGUAGGAGUUUUCAGAGAAAUGUACCACCACCCCAAUUACAAAGGAAGUCCCUUUUCUGCAAUAGUAGAGGCCAGCAUAAUUAAAUCAGAAGCUGUACAAACUGAUUAUGUUCCCGGGCCAGAAAAUUCCUUCAUAGAUGAAAUAGAACAACUCUAUGAAGGGUGCAAUCUUUCAGAACAGAAUAACUGUCAAUAAUUUAUCUAUAAUCUAUUACAAAAUAUAUACAUUUAAGUUUU